UGCGCGCUUAAGCGGUUUCUACGAAGGCACUCUUGAAAUCUGUGGCUUCAUAGUUCUGAAAUCGGAGUGAGCUAGAGAGGGAAUCAAUUGGAGGGCAUCCGAAUUUGAUCCAAACAGAGAUGGAAAUCAACAAUUCUCAGAGAAAUCCAAAUCCGUUCAACACAGUGAGACUCUUGUUGAUUCUAGGGUUCGUUUUCUCAUUGCUAUCUACCCAUACGGUUCUUGCCAAAUCUCGCCGUCCGGUCACUGAUGCUGAAACCAGGCAAAAGAAGCAGGACUGUUACGCCGAUAUCGAGAGCGGAUUAUGGGGUUGGCAAUGCAAAUCUUCAGCUACCGAAAAGGAAAAUUGUGCCCUGCGAUGCCUUUCUCCUACUUGUUAUGAUAUAGUUUAUGGCAGCGAUCCGCUCGAGGAAGGAGAGAAGGACCUUGCUAGGAGUCAAGAGUACAAGUAUUGUAUCUAUAAGUUGUCAAUGGGGGAGAGUCUGGAGGGUAUUAAGGGCUCCUUUGACUACUAAUGUCUGUCUGCUUUUCUCAAGACUGUCUGUGUUAUAUAACUGUCUGGUGUUCCAUUUUGCCCUCUUCUUCUGACUGCCUUUUAACAUUUGGGUCAAAAUAUGAGGUACAAAUCCAAUCUUGAGUUCAUAUU